AUGACCUCGCCGUACUCGCUCCGCAAGGUGGGCGCGCCCAACUCGCUCGAGCAUCGCGUCUACAUCGAAAAGGACGGCCAGCCCGUCUCGUCGUUCCAUGACAUCCCUCUCUAUGCCAACCAGGAGCAGACCAUCCUCAACAUGAUUGUCGAGAUUCCCCGAUGGACCAAUGCGAAGCUUGAGAUCUCCAAGGAGGAGCUUCUCAACCCUAUCAAGCAGGACACCAAGAAGGGCAAGCUUCGUUUCGUCCGCAACUGCUUCCCCCACAAGGGCUAUCUGUGGAACUAUGGCGCUUUCCCUCAGACCUGGGAGGACCCCAACGUCGUCCACCCCGAGACCAAGGCCAAGGGCGACAAUGACCCUCUCGAUGUCUGCGAGAUUGGAGAGCUGGUCGGCUACACCGGUCAGGUCAAGCAAGUCAAAGUCCUGGGCGUCAUGGCCCUCCUCGACGAGGAGGAGACGGACUGGAAGGUCAUUGUCAUCGACAUCAACGACCCCCUUGCCCCCAAGCUCAACGACAUUGAGGAUGUCGAGCGCCACCUGCCCGGCCUGCUUCGGGCCACCAAUGAGUGGUUCCGGAUUUACAAGAUCCCCGAUGGCAAGCCCGAGAACCAGUUUGCGUUCACCGGCGAGUGCAAGAACAAGAGCUACGCCAUGGACGUUGUCCGCGAGUGCGCCGAGGCUUGGGAGCGUCUCAUCACCGGCAAGACUCAGCCCGGCGGAGUCUCCAUCGCCAACAUGACUGUGGCCCACUCCCCGAACCUGCAGGACCGGUCCAAGCUGCCUCCUCUGCCUCCCCAUGAGGAUCUCCCGCCGGAGAAGAUUGACAGCUCCAUCGACAAGUGGUUCUUCAUUAGCGGUGCUUCGACUUAG